GCGUGUUUUAUUUUUUUAGUUUUUUUUAAAUCAAAUGUUAUUAUUAUGCGAGAAUCAGAGCUACUGAAAUUGGAUGUUUAAGACGAGAAGAAAAAGUUGAAGGAAAAGAAAAAAAAGGUUGUGUUCAUGUCUUCAUGUCACUGCAGCUUAGUACGGUGAUGUCGACUAACACCUCCGAGAUAGUUACAAGCAGCGCCGGAAAACAGGAACUACACUUCCAUCAAAGCUCACCUAUGUUCGGCUCUAUGAUGAUAGACACUAAUUCCAGCACUCCUUACACUGAUGCAACUCAAUGUAAAAAACCUGCGAACCACAUCAAACGUCCCAUGAAUGCGUUUAUGGUUUGGAGCCAAAUCGAACGCCGAAAGAUUUGUGAACAGCAGCCGGACCUGCAUAACGCAGAGAUCAGCAAGCAACUAGGGAAACGUUGGAAACUGUUGACGGAGAAGGAAAGACAGCCUUUCAUUCAAGAGGCCGAAAGGCUCCGGAUCCUCCACUUGCAAGAGUAUCCAGAUUACAAAUAUCGACCCCGGAAAAAGGCGAAACCUACUACAGUACAAGAAAAGAAAUCUCCUACGAAACACAAAAUAUCGUGCGAUAAGAAAGGCCUCAAGUCAGUUAAACAACCUCGAGUUCAGCAAAAUGGUCAGCUGAUUGCAACUCCUGUAAUCUUCAGCAAUGUGAACCACAAUAGAUUGAAAUUAAAGCUCACAAUAGACAAAAAUUUUAAAGAAAGCUUUAGGCCAGUUAAACAAGAAUCGCGGCAAAUCGGUCAGUUUAAAUCGUCUGGUAAAGUACCAGGUUCCCCUUCAGAAGAUGAGCCUGCCUCUCCCGAAAGUGCUAACAUCAGUCUAUACGAUGAUAUUGUGGGUAAAAAAAUGGCUUUAGGUGAAUUGCCAAAACCUGCAGCUAGCCACGAAGUUGAGUGUACAACUGGUCUUGUGGAUAACAGUUUGGCCGACCUAGAUGCCCUCACCGAAGCCCUACAACUUCCAUCAACGUGGGCAGAAGAAUUAAGGAGCCUCAACAUUACCGAACUUCCUGAUCUCGCUUCUCAGGAGACUGGCAGCUCCAGCUCCAGUUCCCACUUCGAGUUUCCUGAUUACGGCUACUCGGAAGUUUCUGAUAUCUUAGGUGGCGAUUGGCUAGACUCUAAUCUCUCGUCCUUAAUUAAUUGUUAGUGACUUUAAAGUUUUCGUGACUGUGUCUUAUUAUUCGUAAAUGGGUGAUGACUUUUGUCAUUCCUUUCUGAACAAAUUAUGACUCCCUACACGUCUCACGUUCGUGGGUAGAAAGUCAUAUUUAAGGUUUGAUAAUAUUCUUUGAAAGUGAUGUAAAAAUUCAAUAGUCGCGAAUCCAGUAAAUUGAGUGUGUGCAGUAUUUCACGUGUUUCGUGACAUAGUUUAAAUCAUAUGUGGAAUAUACGACGAACAAGAUUGUGUCUUAUCACUAACAGUUCUGACAACAGUUUUAUGGGACAUGUAAGAACCGGAUGGCUAUACAACGAACAAAAAGUACAUAUUUCAUUUCUGUGAGUUAUCUUUACUGAAAUGAAAAAAAAAACUUUAAAUUAUUAAUAGUUUUACCUUAGACUUACAUUUCAAGAUCUAAAUAAAUCUACAAAAAAUUUCUUAAAGAAAAAUACCCAUGUUAUCUUAUAUUCAGUUGUAUCUUUACCACCUGGUGAGAUCCAAAUUAUAAAUUAUGAUAGCACUAGUAAAUAUUUAUGUUCUGUCAAAAAUAAUAAAAUAAUCUGUCAUUCUUUGCGAUGCAAAACAUUAUCU